AUGACUGAAGUCAAUAGCGAGCCACAAGUGCCGUGUUAUUUUGUUUUCGGGGAUUCGUUAGUUGAUAAUGGCAAUAACAACAAUCUCAAGACUAGUGCCAAAGUGAACUACCCUCCUUAUGGCGUCGAUUUCCCUCAAGGACCCACGGGAAGAUUUUGCAACGGACCUAAUUUUGCAGACAUCAUUGCUCAAUUACUAGGAUUUGACCGAUAUAUCCCACCAUUCACCAACACAACAGGCUACGACAUUCUUUUAGGUGUUAACUAUGGGUCGGGAGGAGGUGGAAUUCUUGACGAAUCUGGGAAACAACUAGUAAGAACGAGGAAUGAUUUGUGA